CAGUGUACCAACAUCCAACCAAUAGGUGACUCUGGCACCUCACACCAUCUCCACGAUCAUGUUAAUAUAUUGCAUAAUGUAAAUAAACCUCAAGUCCUCAGUCCUCACUCCUCAAGGUCAAAAUUCACGACACUCGGAGAUAAAGGUGGUCAUAUACCCAGUCGUUAAACCAUAGAAGAAAACGAAGACUAUUUGAAGACUGGUAAUCGUAUUUUAGUAUCACCCCGGGCCCGGAGUGGAGGUUUCUGAUGAUGUUGCGUCGGGCUAUAAUCAACUCUUCACAAAUUCUUAAGCCAAGACUGGGGGUAUUAACAAGGCAGCCAAGGUGUUUACAGUCUUCAGAUGAUGAUGAUAGAACAACUGUGAAGGUGCUCAACAUGGAGAUUGAAGCAGGUCUAAUGGUGGACUCUUAUAGCCAAGUCGGUUUCCGUCUCAACAAUGGAAUGUCUGUGAUUGGCCCAAUUGCACUCUUCCCUAAAACUGUGUUAAGCUGGCGUGUUAGAUCUUCCCAAGAUAUCAAUGAAGAUUCCCUUUCUCUUUUUUAUUUACUGGAACCAAGAUUAGAUAUUCUUGUCAUUGGUGUUGGUGAUCAAGGAUGCCGCGUGGACACUCGAAUUAUCCGGUUCAUGAAAAAUAAGGGCGUCAGUCUUGAGAUUUUACCAACUGUGUCUGCUUGUACCACAUUUAACUUUUUAAACCAAGAGAGACGGUACGUGGCAGCUGCGCUCAUACCUCCAGUUGCUAUAAGUGUGAAUGAAGAUGAUUUGGUACAAGCAGAGAGAAGAAGAAAGAAACUUUACCAGAGUACAGAAGAUGAUGAGGUGUUUUAGUUAGAUUUAGAAACAUUUAUUAUUUUUUAGUUGCUGCUCUAUAGUACUGUAGGAGACACCAAACAUUAUAUGAAUAAUCUUCAUUACCUCUGUUAAUUGUUAAGGGACUGCUAUGACUAUUUUUUUUUUGAACUUUGAAGUAUAAAUAAUAGAACUAAACUUGUUUUGGAAAAUUUCUGAAUAAAAGAUUGAGUAGAGUUUGCUGGCAUGAGGAUAACAGUACACUUGACAACACAACUGUACUCCCUCUGUGUAUGAAAAAAAAAACACACCAGUGUAUUGUCUGUCUUGUUCUUCUUUUAACAUUUUCAAGGGAGAGGAAGUCUUAGCGAUACUGUACUUGUAAAGAUCAACAGUGGUGAAUUUUGCUGUUUUCUUAUUAAGGUCACUCUCUACCACUAACCCUUUACCCCUGAAAGCCUGAAGCAUUUGUAUUGAGGUUCAGGAGAUAAACAACAUUUCAAUUAAGUGACAAAUAGUUGUUAACCUGAACCACCUUCAGUAUUACUUUACAAAUUACCGUGUCAGAACUUUAUAGUUUAACUGUACAAUAGAUAAUAUGAAAUGGGCUCAGUAUGGUGAUUUGUUGUUUACAAAUAAUACUGAAUACUGUACAGUACUGAUGUAAUGUUUAAAGGGAAAUGCCACUUAAUAGCUGUCCCACAAAACAACAAGUCUUGACUAGAGCCCAGUUAUUAUUUAGUGUUAUUUAUUCAAGCUGUCUAUAAUUCAUACACUCAAAAAUUAUAACAAUAUUCAACUCCUAAUUCACAGUUCAAACAGUGCAAAAAAAAAAAAAAAAUACGAGACUCGGAUUUCUGAGCUUCUGUUAAUACAAAUACUGUAACUUCUAUUUGAGUUCUCAUACAAUAAACUGUUGGAAUUAACUAAAAAUUAUGUAUCAUAUGUAAAUAAAUUGUAAAAUACAGACAUA